AGUGCACCGCCCUGGGCCGGAAGUCACCCAGCCGUUGCUUCCUCACUCGAAGGCGUGGUGCAGGGUUGGCGGUCCCGCCGGAUGGGCGGUUGAAGAGGGAGCAGAGCAACCCCGGGGACUUUCUUUGAGGCGGCAAGGCCGCGGAGGGCGCGGGGUGAAGGUUCGCGGCGCUAUGGCUCACGUCGGCUCCCGCAAGCGCUCUAGGAGUCGCAGCCGUUCCCGGGGGCGAGGGUCGGAAAAAAAAAGGAAGAAGAGCAGUAAGGACGCCCGGAGGAGCUGCUCGGCUUCGAGAUCCCAAAGCCGCAAGGCCAGCAUCAUCUCCUCUGGGGCUGAGGCCUCACCUUCUCCCUGCAUCACAGAGAGAAGCAAGCACAAGGCCCGGAGGAGACCACGAUCCAGCUCCUCCUCCUCUUCUUCCAGUUCUUCUAGCUCCUCUUCCUCUUCGUCCUCCUCCUCUUCCUCCAGCGAUGGCCGGAAGAAGCGGGGGAAGCACAAGGACAAGAAGAGGAAGAAGAAGAAGAAAAGGAAGAAGAAGCUGAAGAAGAGAGGCAAGGAGAAGGCCAGAAUGCAGCAGGCUGAGGCUCUGCCCGGACCCUCGCUGGACCAGUGGCACAGAGCAGCCAAGGAGGAAGAGGAUGGCCCAGUCCUGACGGACGAGCAGAAGUCCCGCAUCCAGGCCAUGAAGCCCAUGACCAAGGAGGAGUGGGAUGCCCGGCAGAGUGUCAUCCGCAAGGUGGUGGACCCGGAGACAGGACGCACCAGGCUCAUUAAGGGAGACGGCGAGGUCUUAGAGGAAAUUGUCACCAAGGAACGACACAGAGAGAUCAAUAAGGUGGGUGUCGCCCCCUUACCCAGGCCCACCCCCAGCUCUUCUUCUGACCUAUCCCCUCCUGUGUGCUUUCUUCCCCAGCAAGCCACCCGAGGGGACGGCCUGGCCUUCCAGAUGCGAGCAGGGCUCCUGCCCUGAGGCCCCCGUGGCCCCCAUCCAAGGCCUGCUACACAUGGUGUUGGCACGACCUGGAGGCUGGCCUCAGGGUGGACAGUGGGGAGCCCGCUGGGUGUUCUUUCUCCUGCAGACCAGCCUCUGGCCCAGCCUCCUCUGCAAUGCAGGGAGUGGAGGUCGGGGGUCGCUGGCCAAGUCAGCUCCCCCAUCUCCCGAAAGAGCGCACCUUCUCAGAUAUUAAAUGUUCCCUGGUUGGAGAUAU